GUGACGUCACCCGGUUUAGAUCUUCGACAGGUUUUCUCAAUGUGAAUGGGUGUGCCGAAUGUGUAACUCUUGCUCAAUGAAAAUGUGAAAAAGAAUUAAGGUUAAUUACUUCAACCGUUAAUUAAAAGUGAAUUAUAGAUUAAUCGGUAGCCAGCUACAAGUAGAACCAUGGUCAUCUUAUCUAAGGGAGACCAUGUGUGGCUGGAGCCAGAGACGAAGGGAGAAUUUGUUGUGGCAAUUGGAGGUAGGGUCAAGUUCACCCAGUCUGGUAAGAUCCAAGUGAUCGAUGAUGAUGGCAAAGAAGUAUGGCUGGAUGGGAAGACACAGAUCAAACACAUGCACCCAACAUCAGUGGAAGGAAUCGAAGACAUGAUUGGGUUAGGUGAUCUAAAUGAGGCUGGAAUCCUGAGGAAUUUGUUUACAAGAUACAUGGAAAAUCUUAUAUACACAUUCACAGGUUCCAUCCUUGUAGCGGUUAACCCAUACCAAGUUCUUCCUAUCUACACCAGUGAACAGAUUAAACUGUAUAGCGACAGGAAAAUAGGAGAGUUACCUCCUCAUGUAUUUGCUAUAGCAGAUAAUUCAUACUAUAACAUGAAACGAUACAAACAUGACCAAUGUAUUAUAAUCAGUGGUGAAUCGGGUGCAGGUAAAACAGAAAGUACAAAGCUAAUUCUACAGUUCUUAGCUGCUGUCAGUGGACAUCAUUCAUGGAUUGCUCAACAAAUUCUAGAGGCUAACCCUAUUAUGGAAGCCUUUGGGAAUGCCAAGACCAUUAGAAAUGACAAUUCUAGUAGAUUUGGGAAAUACAUAGACAUUCACUUCAAUGAAAAAGGAACGAUAGAAGGCUCAAGAAUAGAACAGUACUUGCUAGAAAAGUCAAGAAUAGUUAAUCAGGCACAUGAUGAGAGGAAUUAUCAUAUAUUCUACUGUAUGUUGGCUGGACUGUCAGCUGAUGAAAGGAAACAAUUAGAUCUCAAAGAUGCAACCCAUUAUUACUAUCUAACACAGGGUGGAGACAUAAAUGUUGAAGGGAGGGAUGAUGGAAAAGAAUUUGCUGACAUCAGAUCAGCUAUGAAAGUGUUGACAUUUAGUGACGCAGAAAUCUGGGAAAUAUUCAAAAUUCUGUCUUUCCUUCUUCAUAUUGGAAAUAUAAAAUACAGUGAAAUUGAAAUGGACAAUAUUGAAGCUAGUGAAAUUAUAGAUAUACAGUAUGUCAACAAAGCUGGCAAAUCAUUAGAGGUCAGAGCUCAAGAUUUGAUAGAUGCAUUGACAACUAGGACAAUCAUUACACGAGGAGAAAGUGUGACUGUCACCAUGGCACCAGAAGGGUCAAUUGAUGUCAGAGAUGCCUUUGUGAAAGGUGUCUAUGGUAGAAUGUUCGUGUGGAUUGUAGACAAGAUUAAUUUGGCCAUAUACAAACCUAAGAAAUCUCCAAACCAGUAUAGAUCUAGUAUUGGUGUGCUUGAUAUAUUUGGAUUUGAAAGUUUUGACCACAACAGCUUUGAACAGCUGUGUAUUAACUAUGCCAAUGAAAAUCUUCAGCAGUUCUUUGUUCAACAUAUAUUUAAACUUGAACAGGAAGAGUAUAAUAAUGAAGGCAUCAGUUGGAAACACAUAGAAUUCAUUGACAACCAAGAUACACUGGAUUUAAUUGGUGCAAAACCCAUGAACAUCAUAUCACUGGUUGAUGAAGAGAGUAAAUUUCCUAAGGGCACAGAUCAGACUAUGUUGAACAAACUGCAUCAACAACAUGGUACUAAUAAAAAUUAUAUUAAACCUAAAGCAGAAAUCAGUGUCAUGUUUGGUCUCAAUCACUUUGCUGGACUGGUGUUCUAUGAUUGUAGAGGCUUUUUGGAGAAGAAUCGAGACACAUUUAGUCCAGAUCUAUUACAGUUGAUUCAGUCUUCUAGCAAUAAAUUCAUUGUGAAUCUAUUUAAACAUGACAUAGAGAUAGGAGCAGACACAAGAAAGAGAGCACCAACUCUAGGAGCCCAGUUCAAAAAAUCUCUAGAUUCAUUGAUGAAGACAUUGGAAGCUUGUCAACCAUUCUUUGUUAGAUGUAUCAAACCUAAUGAAUUUAAGCGACCCUUGGAUUUUGACAGAGAAUUAUGCUGUAAACAGUUAAGAUAUUCUGGUAUGAUGGAAACUAUCAGAAUCAGAAGAGCAGGAUAUCCCAUCAGACAUCGAUUUAGGGACUUUGUAGACAGAUACAGAAUAUUAGCAGAAGGCAUUGGACCAUCACAUAAAGAAGAUUGUCGGUUGGCUUCAGACAAAAUUUGUAAAGCUGUAUUACAGGGAAUGGACUAUCAACUUGGUAGAACUAAAGUUUUCUUAAAGGAUGCUCAAGAUGUGUAUCUAGAACAACAAAGAGAACUUGCCUUAACAAGGAAAAUUCUGAUUCUGCAAAAGACCAUUAGAGCAUGGCAUUGUAGGCGAAGAUUCUUGAAAAUGAAAGGAAGUUGUGUCACUAUACAGACUACUUGGAGGUCAUACAUUGAAAGAAAGAGGUUCUUAUUGAUGAGACAAGGUUACCAGAGAUUACAAGCUAUGAUCAGAUCUAGAAUUCUAACAGCCAGGUUUAAUGCUAUGAGAGGAAUCAUCAUUGAUGUUCAGAGAUACUGCCGAGGAUAUAUAGUAAGGAAAUGGGCCUCUAGGAGGAUGGAGUCUGUGGUUAAGAUUCAGGCUUUAGUCAGAACAAUGAUAGCACAGAAAAAAUACAGAAGACAGAAAAUAGAAUACAGAAAACGUGUAGAAGCAGAACAAUUGAAAAAAAAAGAGGAAGCUGAUCUGAAAAAGAAAAUGACGGACAAAAAAGCUAAAAUUGAAGCAGAGAAAAUUUACCAGGAGCGUUUGGCUAGAAUUGGGGAUGAAGUCAUCAAAGCUGAAGUUGAAGAUAAAAAGAGAGCUGAACAGAAGAAAAAAGAGAUUGCAGAAGCAGAGAGAAUGAAGGAUGAACCUGUCAGUGAAAGUAAACUGAUUGAUCAGUUAUUUGGAGACGUUCAUGGUACACAAGAAAAUGGAGAGGGUCCUGUGUCUUUUAAGGAUUUGGAACAGAGAAGAAGAGAGUUAAUGAAUGGAGAGAUAGAUUUAGAUGCCCCUCCCCUUCCAAUGCCGGAGGAUGAAGAGGACAUAUCAGAAUAUAAGUUCGCUAAGUUUACUGCUAUGUACUUCCAAGGAAAUAAUAAUCAUACUUAUAUCAGACGAACAUUGAAAGAACCAUUACUGCCAUUGAAGAAUGAUGGAGAUAAGCUGGCUGCGUUAGCUGUGUGGAUAACCAUUUUAAGAUUCAUGGGAGAUUUACCUGAACCAAAAUAUAUGGCCGCUGUGGCUGAUACAAGAGACACUACUCCUGUGAUGACAAAAAUCUACUCCACAUUGGGCAGAAAGUUCAACAAGAAAGAUUUGGAGGAGGCCCAACAGAUGGGCUUUAAUAUUGAAAAUGAACCAAUGAACAUGAGACAAGGCAAGAGAAGCAUGAGGAAGAAACUUGUGUCCUUGACUUUAAAGAAAAAGUCCAAAAUAACAGAGGAUGUCCGUGAAAAGUUGGCCCUGGAAUAUGAUGUCGGUUUCACAUCUGGUGGAAAUGCUCUUUUGGACGACAGACCUACAUCAAACUUAGAAAAACUUCAUUUUAUUAUAGGACAUGGUAUUCUAAGACCUGAUUUAAGAGAUGAGAUUUACUGCCAGAUAUGUAAACAGUUAACACAGAACCCAUCAAAGUCCAGUCAUGCUAGAGGUUGGAUCUUGUUAUCAUUAUGUGUUGGAUGUUUUGCUCCAUCAGAUAAGUUUCUAAAAUAUCUUCGGAAUUUCAUACAUGAAGGUCCACCUGGAUACGCACCUUAUUGUGAGGAGAGAUUAAGGAGAACAUUUGCAAAUGGAACAAGAAACCAGCCUCCAAGUUGGUUAGAAUUACAAGCCACAAAAUCUAAAAAACCAUUAAUGCUCCCCAUUACAUUCAUGGAUGGUAAUACAAAAACAUUAUUAGCAGAUUCAGCAACUACUGCCAAAGAACUCUGUCAACAAUUAGCAGAGAAAAUAGGAUUAAAAGAUCAAUUUGGAUUCUCAUUGUAUAUAGCAUUAUUUGACAAGGUAUCUUCUCUUGGUGGAGGUGGUGACCAUGUAAUGGAUGCCAUAUCUCAGUGUGAACAAUAUGCCAAAGAACAAGGUGCUCAGGAACGUAAUGCUCCGUGGAGGUUAUUCUUUAGGAAGGAGAUCUUUGCUCCAUGGCAUGACCCUGGUGAAGAUUUAACAGCAACAACAUUAAUCUAUCAGCAAGUAGUCAGGGGCAUCAAGUUUGGUGAAUACAGAUGUGAUAAGGAUGAUGAUUUAGCCAUGAUUGCUGCUCAGCAGUACUACAUAGAACAUGGUAGUGGAGUGAACAUGGACAGAUUAUCUAACUUGUUAGCUUCAUACAUUCCAGACUCGUCACUCAGUAAACCUAAUGCCAUGAAUCAGUAUAUAAAUCUGGUUACUCAAAAACUUAAAACCAGUUAUUUCUCUAACGAAAGGAUUAAACCAAACAAAGUGAAGGAAGACAUUGUAAGCUAUGCAAAAUAUAAGUGGCCAUUAUUAUUUUCACGGUUUUAUGAGGCUUAUAAAUUUGCUGGUCCUAGCUUGCCAAAGAAUGAUGUAAUUAUUGCUGUGAAUUGGACUGGUGUAUAUGUUGUAGAUGACCAAGAACAAGUUUUACUAGAGUUGUCUUUCCCUGAAAUCACUGCUGUUUCCAGUAGUAGAACUGGGAAAAUGCAUGGCCAGAGCUUUACAUUAGCUACAGUGAAAUCUGAUGAAUAUACAUUUACCUCCCCUAAUGCUGAGGACAUCAGAGAUUUAGUGGUUACCUUUCUAGAGGGUCUAAAGAAACGUUCCAAAUAUGUGAUAGCAUUGCAAGACUAUGUUCCACCAGAUACUGCUAAAGAUUUGAAAAAUGGUGAUGGUGGUUCUUUCUUGACAUUUAACAAGGGAGAUUUAAUUGUAUUGAACCAACAAAGUGGAGAGUCUGUAAUGAACUCUGGAUGGUGCGUGGGAGAAUGUAUCAGAACGUCACAGAAAGGGGAUUUCCCUGCAGAAUGUGUAUAUGUGCUUCCAACUAUUACAAAACCACCCAUGGAAAUCCUUAAUUUAUUUAUGCAAUCUGGUGACCAAGCUGAAAAAAUGCUGGCGUCUAACACCCAAGACACCCCAGUAGACCAAGGAGAAAAACCAUACACCUUAGAGGAAUACUCAUACGAUCAUUUCAGACCACCACCAAAGAGAACAUUAUCAAAGACAUUAUCAACAGCAAGACGGAAAAGACCAGAUGAUUUAUGGAGAUACAGCAAAGAACCAUUAAAACAACCUCUACUUAAAAAAUUACUCGGCAAAGAUGACUUGUGUCAAGAAGCUUGCAUGUGUUACUUAGCUAUCUUGAAAUACAUGGGAGAUCAUCCGUCAAAACGUGGACGUGUAGCCAAUGAACAUACAGACCAGAUAUAUGAACCACCGUUAAGAAGUGAGAUUUUGAGAGAUGAAAUUUACUGCCAGUUGAUGAAACAGUUGACAGAAAAUAGAAAUGAAAUCAGUGACAGGAGAGGCUGGGAAUUAAUGUGGCUGGCCACAGGAUGCUUUGUACCAAGUACAAAUCUUGUUAAGGAAUUAUAUAGCUUUCUCAGAUCAAAAAGUAAAAACCAAAUAGCUCAAGACUGUGUUCAUAGAGUGCAGAAGACGUUAAGGAAUGGAACAAGAAAAUACCCACCACAUCAGGUAGAAGUGGAAGCCAUACAACAUAAGACCACUCAGAUCUUACAUAAAGUUUAUUUCCCUGAUGACACGGAUGAGGCAUUUGAAGUAGAAUCUAGUACCAGAGCCAAAGACUUCUGUCACAAUAUAGCCACAAAGUUAAUGUUAACUUCCUCUGAGGGAUUCAGUUUAUUUGUCAAAAUUGCUGAUAAAGUGAUAAGUGUUCCUGAAGGAGAUUUCUUCUUUGACUUCGUCAGACAUUUGACAGAUUGGAUCAGAAAAGCCAGACCAUCUAGAGAUGGGCAGCCACCAUCUUUUACAUAUCAAGUAUUCUUCAUGAAGAAGUUGUGGACAAACACAGUUCCUGGUAAAGACAGACAAGCUGAUAUCAUCUUCCAUUAUCAUCAGGAAUUACCCAAACUUUUGAGAGGAUAUCAUAAAUGUAGUGAAGAGGAAGCUUCAAUACUAGCUGCUUUGAUAUACAGGGUCAAGUUUGGUGAUAAUAAGGCUGGCUUAGCAAACAUACCGCGUUUAUUACGAGAGCUAGUUCCGAGUGAUUUAGUAAAGAAACAAUCACCAGAUGACUGGAAACGGGGCAUAAUAACCCAUUUUAACAAAAAUGGUGGAAUGUCUCCUGAAGAUGCAAAGAUUGAAUUCUUAAAGGUGAUUUACAAAUGGCCAACAUUUGGUUCUGCAUUCUUUGAAGUCAAGCAACAGACAGAGCCACAGUAUCCAGAGAUUUUAUUAAUUGCAAUUAACAAAAAUGGAAUGAAUCUAAUUGAUCCUAAAUCAAAGGAUAUCCUAGCCACACAUCCAUUUACAAAGAUAUCAAACUGGAGUAGUGGUAAUACUUAUUUCCAUACCACUAUUGGUAACUUAGUACGAGGAAGUAAAUUGUUGUGUGAAACAUCAUUGGGUUAUAAGAUGGAUGAUCUGUUGACCUCAUACAUUAGUUUAAUGUUGACAAAUAUGAAUCGUCAAAAGACAAUAAAGAAGUGAUCUUCAAUGUAUUAAAUCAAGAGAGAAAGAAAGACUGUCUUGGAGAAUGGCAGGAUUUUUCAACAGGACAAGUUUAUUGUUUCUGUAAUGGGCUGUGAUGAUUAAAUUUUUCAGUGUAAAAUAAAUUUUACAACUUGAUUUUUCUUUAAAAAAGUUAAAAUGGCCAGAGUAGAUAUUUUAUUGGCAACAGAAGUAGAAUUGUGGAAUUCUUGUUUCAGAAAAAUUGUGCUGUUUUGACUACAAAUAUGCAUAUUAAUAAACUUACAAAAUAUCUUAAUGGUUUUGAAGUUGAAUACAAAAUGUUUUAAAUCAACCACUGAACUUUUUUCAUUUAUUUCAUUCAUUUAAACAUAAAUAUAAUUUAAUAAGCAGAAAAAAAUUGUCAAAAAUAUAUUAGUAAUUAAAUGGUGUUAAUAAAUUACAAAAGUAGUUUGAAUUGUAUAAUAUGAUAAACUUUACCAGGUAUACACACUUCAGUCACACAAAACAUAUGUAAACAAUGCAUUUUGAUAAUAUAUUCAUUAAGAUGUAUUUCAUUGCAUUUCUUUUCCUGGUUUUCCUUAGAUAUACUAGGGAUUUUUAAAAUAUGUUAGAAUUAAACAUUCUGAUAAGGUAUAUGAUAGAAUCAUAUGUCAACAGAACAUUCCAGUUACAAGUUUUUCCCCCUUCUGUUUUUUCUGGGGGACAGUUUUUCACUUACCAAAGUGUUCAACAUAUUAUGAUACCAUCAACAUAUUAUAUUAAACAAUACAAUGAAAACAUGACCUCAUAUUUAUACUUACAUAAAGUACAAGUGUGUCUCCUUGGCUCAAGAUUUGUUAAUUUGUAUGAUGUUUAUGUUUUGUUUACUUGCUGUUUGUUUUUGUUCUAUAUUUUUUUGUUUAGUGUUUAAUAUAUGCAAUCAUUUAACUUUGGCAAAACAUUUCUUUCAAAGAUUAUUGAGCUUUUAGAAAAGCUAUGAUUGGUCUUUAAAAGAAGAACAUGUUUUAGUUUUAGCAAACAUUCCAAGAAACCUGUAUUGUGUUUUAAAAAUAUAUGUAUUGAAUUGCCUUACUAAUAUAAUGAAAUCCAGGUAGGACAUGAUUUUAUCCAUAUCUUGCAGUGCGAUAUAUAUAUAUUUAAUAUUUACUUAUAAGUUUCUGUUUUCUAUUAUUGCAAAAGUUGUUAUUUGCUAUCAUAUUUUUUCUGUUGAAAAAUCGAUAGUAAUUGUGUAGCAUUACUACUACUGAUUUCGUUUAAAAAUUCCAGAAAAAUAAUAUUGAUGCUAAGUAGAAACUGACUUUUACUAAAGUCUUGUAUAAUCUAGAAAAAAAUUGUAAUGAUUGGUUUUCUGUACAAAAGGGAAAGAGUUCACUGUAGACUUGUAAUUGUUUCUUUCAAGUUCCCUUCAUCUUGUUAUGUAUUUUACAGUGAAUGAAAAUCAUGUGAUAUUAAUUGUUUACAGACAUAUCAAAAUACAUAAUAGUGAUAUUUUAAAUCAUAUGACAUUAUACAUAGCCAUUAUAUUUCUAACAUUGAAGGGUGAUAUAUAUAUAUUUAUAUAUAUAUUUGUGACAAAAAUACAUAUCUAUAAAUUUUUAUUUUAUACAAUUGUUAUCAUGACAGUAACUAACAUUUGGUUGUGACUGAAUUUGUAAAAUUUGAACUAUAAUUAUACAGUUGAUAAUUUAUAUAAAAUAAUUCACAUCUUAAUAAAGUAUUUAUUAAAUAAUUUUCAAAG